AUGUGUUUUGGAUCAUCGCGUAGAGAGACAUCUAACUCUCUGCCCCCGCGGCCCGCAUACUACAGCCAUGGCGCCCACAGCCAGCACAAAUACAAGGUUGAUGAUGCAUAUAAGAAGAAGAACCAUCGCACACACCGAAGCACUUCUUCUUCUGCCGGAGCCGUGAUCGCAGGAACGAGUGGAGAUGGAGGUGGAGGUGGAGGUGGAGGUGGAGAUGGAGGUGGCGGUGGCGGUGGCGGUGGCGGGUGCUAG